CUGCGUCUCCCCGCCCUCUCACCCCGCUGCUUCUAGGUUCUGGGAAGAUGGCGAAGGUCUCAGAGCUUUACGAUGUCACUUGGGAAGAAAUGCGAGAUAAAAUGAGAAAAUGGAGAGAAGAAAACUCACGAAAUAGUGAGCAAAUUGUGGAAGUUGGAGAAGAAUUAAUUAAUGAAUAUGCCUCUAAGCUGGGAGAUGAUAUUUGGAUCAUAUAUGAACAGGUGAUGAUUGCAGCACUAGACUAUGGUCGGGAUGACCUGGCAUUGUUUUGUCUUCAAGAGCUAAGAAGACAGUUCCCUGGCAGUCACAGAGUCAAGCGAUUAACAGGCAUGAGAUUUGAAGCCAUGGAAAGAUAUGAUGAUGCUGUACAACUAUAUGAUAGGAUUUUACAAGAAGAUCCAACUAACACUGCUGCAAGAAAGCGUAAGAUUGCCAUUCGAAAAGCCCAGGGGAAAAAUGUGGAGGCCAUUCGGGAACUGAAUGAAUAUCUGGAACAAUUUGUUGGAGACCAAGAAGCCUGGCAUGAACUUGCAGAACUUUACAUCAAUGAACAUGACUAUGCAAAAGCAGCCUUUUGUUUAGAGGAACUAAUGAUGACUAAUCCACACAACCACUUAUACUGUCAGCAGUAUGCUGAAGUUAAAUAUACCCAAGGUGGACUUGAAAACCUCGAACUUUCAAGAAAGUAUUUUGCACAGGCAUUGAAACUGAACAACAGAAAUAUGAGAGCUUUGUUUGGGCUUUAUAUGUUUGCAGGUCGAAGUAAGAAGGAAACCAAAUAUUCUCUUAAGGCUGUCGAAGACAUGUUGGAAACAUUGCAGAUCACCCAGUCUUAAGGUUUCAAAAACUCUUUGACAUUAGAUUUCACAACUGCACAAUUGAACUUAUUGGCCUGUAACUUAUUUACUAAAUGCCCAGUGCUGUUUAUAUACUACAGUAAUUUUCUGUUAGAAGGCAGUUGUAAAGAAUAUGUUUAUAUAAACCUAAAAAUGCCUUUUACUGCUAAGUGGGAAGACGGGGGAAAUCCAUGGAAGAGAGAUUUAAGACUUAUUGAUUGUACAUCAGUCUCUUCAUAUCACACACACACACAUCUCUCUCUCUCUCUCUAUAUAUAUAAAAAACUCUAAUGUAGAAUAACCUUGUUAAAUAAACCAUGAUGUUUUAUUAAACUUGCGUAUGAAGAUUCUAACUUCAUUUUGUUAUACUCACAGUGGAUAUAUUGUUUAAGAACUCAGUUUCUAGUUAACUCCUUACUGGUGAUAGACACAGCAUAUGUAGCUGACAGAAGCAGAUUAUUUAGACUUUGUUUAUAUUGUCGAAUUGGAUUUUGCUGUACAUUCCAGUGGACUAUUUGAAUUGUUUUAUCUGCUGUAAUAUCCUUUUGAUGAAUCUUGCUUAAAACAUGUCAUUCUCCAAAGUUCAGCAAUAUUUCUUUGUAAAAUUUUUGUUUUGAUAUAGGACAUAAUUGAGAUUUAUACAUAUAAAAUGCCUUAAGGUAAAUAUGUUAUGACACUUAAAUUUAACUUUUAUGCAAGUUAUAUUUAUUGAAUCCUUUAAUAGUAAAUUACAUGAAAGAAUAUUCAAGAAUCAUAUAGAGUAGGGAUUAAGGGAUUUUAGUGGCUGAGUUAUUUUUAAUUUUGAAAAAAAUAAGAAAAUUAAAACUAUCCUUAGAAACGAAAAUAUUAAAAUUUUCCUGUUCUAUCAUUACCUUAGUUAGAAUUUUUUAUUUUUCUCUUUUCAUAAUAAACAACCAUUAGGCUACCUUCAACAGUAUUUGACAUGUUUCAGUAAAAUAGAAGAGACUUUGAAAGUUAAAUUUCAUUUAGACACAAAUCAGGUUUUAAAAUAGCAACCGUUCAUAGCAAAUAUUUGUGGUAUUUAUAAUAAAUAUAUUUAAAUUUAUUUUUAUUAAAAAUAUACAGAGGCAUCUGCAGACUUGCCAUUACUGCUUUGGGCAAGUGGGGAUUGUGGAGGAAUUGACAAUCUAGAAGUGUUUAGAAAGAAAAGUAUUGUCAAUAUCAGCUUCUUUUAACCUUUUGAAUAGUUCUGCUAAUAAAUUAUUCUCC